AUGAGUUUGAGUUUGAGACAGAUGACGAAAUUCUUUACUAAUUUAUGUUCAAUUGAUUCUCAUUUAUCGUUCAACCAAGUGCUUGUUUUAAAGUCAAGAAAUAUCUCACAGAAAAGUAAAGCAAGUUGCUGCAGGUCGAGACUCGAUGAAAUUACUUUCAGUUUCUAUUUUACCAUCGCAAAAUCUUUGCAGAUACCAAAACUUGUUUUUGGGGAAAAUAAAUCUUAA